AGACAGCAUUUAUAUUACAUGACAAGAGAAUGUUGUCUCAGUACCAAUGAUAUGUUGUCGAGUUUGAGACUAAAAAAAGUACUUGCACUACUUUAUAUACUUCUUUGUAUAUAUCAUCUUUGUCUCAAUGACUUGGAGUUUACAAAGACGCCUUGUUUGAAACUAUUUUCCUUAUCUGGCUACAUUCUACAACGAAUCCUUUCUUUGGAGUUGCAUUCAAAUAUAGAUAUGAUGGAGCAUUCUGCUUAUCAUCGAUACAAUACGUAUAGAGAACCCUUGAUCAUGGUAAUUCCAUUCACAAGUGGACAGAUAGAAAGAGUUUUGCAUAUGUUAUCUCUUUUUGAAAGGGUUCCUCCGUGUAGACCACAAGGAAGACCCGUUAGACAUCUUCCAACUGUACUUUUUUAUUAUCACGCUUCCCUAGAGACCCAUUUCGGAAAAUGGAUUCAACAAAAUAUAUCACAAGUAUGGAAUGCUUUGCCCAUUUCUAUAAGAGAUUGCUUUAGUUACGAUAUCCUAUGGAAAAGUGCCAAUCUGACAGGGAUAAGGGACUUGUAUUCUAAGUGGGAUUCGGAAGCUUAUUCAGCAGGGACCAACAACAUGUUUUAUGGUAUCAUGAGAGAUUGCUCUAUUACAAGAAAGUAUCAGUACAUGUUCUAUUGCGAACCUGACGUAUCUCCUAUACGAAGUGGCUGGUUGGAUAAACUAGUAGAGUUAAGUUUGUUGAGUGAUCAACACAAAGUUUGGAUGAUUGGUUCAGUUUAUAUGGGACACGAUUUUGGUGCGGUUAUCUCUUGGGCUUUACAAUAUACCAGAACGGCAUGGAAACAUUUGAAUGGAAAUGCACUGUAUCGAUUAGGUGACGCUUCUUUUCUUCGUUAUUUGUAUUAUGUGGAAAAAAAAUACUAUCCCUUUUCAUUCGACAUGAUUUGUUAGAACCAAUGUGAUUAUCAAUAUUGGC